CCGGCUCCCCUCAGGAGUUGGUGCCCGCCAAGAGCCGCGGCCAUGAGAGCCAAAGUUGCCCCCCGAUCCGUCCUGGGGGGUUAAAGUGCCCCCUUUUUAUCCCCCCGCUCGCCCGCCCCCCCCCCCCCCAGGACCGGUCCUCUUCUUCCUCCUCCUCAGGACCCCCUCCUUCCCCCCCUCAUGCCGGCCAUGGUGGAGAAGGGCCCCGAGGUCUCAGGGAAGAGGCGAGGAGGGAGGAAUCACCCGGCCUCCGCCGCCAACGCCGCCGCCGCCGCCGCCUCGGCCGCCUCGGCCGCCGCCUCCUCUUCCUCGUCGUCCUCGUCGUCGUCGUCGUCCUCCUCGGCGGCGGCGGCGGCGGCGGCGGGGGGGCCCAAUAAUGGCUCCACUAAAAGUUUGGCAUCGGCCGCCGCGGCGCCCAAUGGAAACAGCAGCAGCAACUCCUGGGAGGAAGGGAGUUCGGGAUCGUCGAGCGACGAGGAGCACGGAGGAGGAGGAAUGAGAGUCGGACCCCAAUACCAAGCGAUCGUCCCCGACUACGACCCCGGCAAAGUCUCAAAACGUUCUCAGGAAAGAGAAAAUCUUGGAAUGCUGGUCUGGUCACCUAAUCAGAACCUUUCUGAAGCAAAACUGGAUGAAUACAUUGCCAUUGCCAAGGAGAAGCAUGGCUACAACAUGGAGCAGGCCCUUGGGAUGCUUUUUUGGCACAAGCACAACAUUGAGAAAUCCUUGGCUGAUCUACCCAACUUUACCCCUUUCCCAGAUGAGUGGACGGUGGAAGAUAAAGUCUUGUUUGAACAGGCCUUUAGCUUCCAUGGAAAAACAUUUCAUAGAAUCCAGCAGAUGCUUCCUGAUAAAUCUAUAGCAAGCCUAGUGAAAUUUUAUUAUUCCUGGAAGAAAACAAGGACCAAAACCAGCGUGAUGGAUCGCCAUGCUCGCAAACAAAAAAGGGAACGAGAGGAAAGUGAGGAUGAACUAGAAGAAACCAAUGGAAAUAACCCUGUUGACAUUGAGGUUGAUCAAAAUAAGGAGAGCAAAAAAGAGGUGCCGCCAGCUGAGACUCUUCCUCAAGUCAGAAAGGAGAAACACAGCACCCAAGCGAAAAACAGAGCCAAGAGGAAACCUCCCAAAGGCAUGUUCCUGUCUCAGGAGGACGUGGAGGCUGUCUCCGCCAAUGCCACCGCCGCAACCACCGUGCUUCGACAGCUGGACCUGGAAUUAGUCUCCAUCAAACGUCAGAUUCAGAAUAUCAAACAGACGAACAGUGCUCUCAAAGAAAAGCUAGAAGGUGGAAUAGAGCAAUAUCGACUUCCAGAGGUUGUUCAAAAAUUUAAUGCUCGUUGGACCACAGAGGAGCAGCUUCUUGCUGUACAAGCAAUCAGGAAAUAUGGCCGCGAUUUUCAGGCGAUUUCUGAUGUGAUUGGAAACAAAUCAGUGGUACAAGUGAAAAACUUUUUUGUAAAUUAUCGGCGCCGCUUCAAUAUAGAUGAAGUUUUACAAGAGUGGGAGGCUGAGCAUGGCAAAGAGGAGACCAACGGAACUAGUAAUCAGAAGCCGGUUAAGUCCCCCGAAAAUUCCAUUAAGAUGUCUGAAGAAGAAGACGAGGCUACGUCUGUCCUUGAUGUUAGAUACGCAUCUGCUUCAUGAGAAACUCGGGUAGCCUAGAACAAUUUGUGUUGACUACUGUGUUCUCCGGGAUAUCAGGUAUCACCAAACCUCAGACAGCCAUCUGCAUCAUUAUCUACGUGGACAACAGCUAUUACCAAAAAAAGAAAAGGAAAAAAAAAAAAGGCAAACACUUCCGGUCCUGCUCCAUCUGCCUUAAUUCUUUGCUCAUUCCUCCACUCUUGCAAAGUUCCCAAGUCACUCUCCAUCUCAUCAGAAGCCGCCAAGGGAUCACCCUUCCGGGAUGGUUUUUUGGUUUGUUUUUUAUUUUUCGACCUGCCUGCAGGACAUGGAGCACCUCGGGAUGCCCCUGGCCGCUCGGGCAGAGACCUCUCCCUCUCGGUCGGCUCAGGGGACUUUAGUUUACCCGUGUCUCACUGCAUGGCUUGUGAUCUCUACUUUGUAAUGUAAUUACUGCAGGUCUAGGGUCCCCUCCACCCCGCCCUGGGAGCGAGCUUCCUAGUUGAGGGAAGAGGCUCGUAUUCCUUCGAAGUGACCGCCCACCUGAUGUCACACUUGCUUCGAACCCCAACGCCCCCUGGCCGCCGUGUCAGUUACCGAGGGGGGCUGCCAGAGUCACUCAGAGCGAUUUCCCACCUUUCCAAGCUUUGGGAAACGGUCAACCGCAGAGCUAGCGGCUGCGUUUCCUCGCCACACUCACAGAUCGGGUCUUGCUAGAUGGAGCACUAACUAACUCAUGGUUUGAGCCAUCGGGCCCGGGAUGUUUUAGCCUCCAAGGAAAUAUAGAGCCGGAAGCUUCCGUCGAGGGAAACCUGGCCUCCGUCACCUGGGGUUCCUGGGGUGAGGGCCGUCCACUCUUUUCUGUGCCCUCGGGAUGGCAUCCAAAUGACGCUAUCUGGUGCUUCUUUCUACAUUUGGAAUUUGUGCCUUUUGCAUUUGGCAACCACACUAUCGCCUUUAUGUUCCGGUGUCAUCUUUCCCCCAUAAAACGUUUUCCUGCCAAAGAUAAUAUCACUGGUAAUACUGCUUCCCACAGGUCAUGAAAGAGUGCAAAUUUAAAAUGUAGACUUAAUUCAUGGAGGAGUGCGAGGCUGGCCGAGGAGGCUUUUGUGGCAGCCAUAUGUGAUUCUGAACUCUUUUCUCCUCUGCAUAGCCGUAUCCUUUUACACUCCCCUCCACCCCCGUGUCAUCUUCACCCACCCCUCCCGCUCGGCCACAUAAUCACUGGCAAACCCCCUCCCAUUCCCUUUUUUAACAAUAGUACAGAACAGAGAAAAAAUCCAUUUCUUGGACUCCUAAAUUAACAUUUAAAAAAAUGUUGUAUGGUAAUGCCUUUUUGUUGGACUGGCUCUAAAAUCAGUGGUAGAGGCUCUAGGCCUCGAUGAAUCAGUCUUGCAGCAAGCCUUGGGAAUUCAGAGCCACCGGAGAAGCUUCCUGGCGAGAUCCUGCCACCGGCUCCCGCUCUCCCGCGUUACACCCGGACUGGAUUUUACCUAUGUAAAAACAGCUCUCUCUGCAGCAUCAAUUUUGAUUUCAAGUUUCUACCUUCAGUACCAAAAACACAGUUUCAGAUGCUUUAAGGCCCAUCGGUUGUUUUUUUUUUAAGAAUUUGAAAUAUGCAAUUCAUCAUGGAUGUGUGUUUUGAGGCCCUCUGUGCACCUUUGCUUGAAAACGAUCAGCUCUUUGCCCAGGAAGAGAAGAGGGACUGUCGGCCACCAGUCCUCGUUCGGAACUGAUGUGGUGGGUUUCACCAGCUUUCUGGGAAGAAGUUGCGCUUCCAGGGGCUGGGAAGGCAAGUGAGACAGACAGGAUCCGCCUCUCUCCAUUUAUCAGGGUUUCGGUGCCAAGGUGAGAAGUUUCUGCUACCUUGGCAGCACCACCACGACAGCUAACCGCCGAAGAAUCAGGUGGUUACCUGGGAAUGUGAGGGGAGACUGAUGCCGGCGCUAGUAUCUACCAUCCCCAGCACUUGGCCUGAGGCGGGAGACUAAAGCCCCAACACGAGCUUCGGGCCUCCCAUGCCGCCCCUCUCCCACCCCACUCCACUGCACCCCAAAUAAUUUCAGCAAAGCAAGUCGGCAGCUCUUACUGCACCAACAACCUGGCUCUGCCUCUGCCUAAAUUCCUCUUCUCGAUUCCAGGCCCCGGGCUUGCUGAGAAGCGGCCCCUUCCAGCCAUGCUGGAAAGCCUGGGGCUACUGCUGGAUUCAGAGAGGCCAACAGACCGGUCGUGGCAGGGACCUGACAGUAGCUAGGACUCCGCUUUCCCCUCAGCAGCAGCCCAACUGUAAGCGGUCUCCGAUCCCGCACGGCCACCGAGCUAGUAAACUUCUGAUCAGAGUGGUUGCCUUCCAGCUUCAUCCCUGAGGGAAGAAUGGCAUAUAGUUUCAUCGGAGAGGGAGGAAAGAAAAACAAUAUGGCCGUCGUCUCUGCACGACCGCUCCCGUCGAAGCUCGUGCGUGAGAUAGCACUGUAUUUUUACCUUUGUUUUCAGUACUCUUCACAAUGACGUUUUAAAUGCAAGCAGCCAUUUAGCUUUGAAAGUUGAAUGGUUCGGUCUUAUUUCUGUGAAGACCCUUUUUAACGGAUCAAGAGUUUGAUACAUCAACUGGUGGCAUUCAGAUGUGUGAGGGUCCAUGGUAACUGCAGAAGAUGAUGUAGUGUUCACUUACAUUUUGUUUUCUUAAAAAAAAUUAUCAAUGUGAAUGUCAUAAUUAUAUAUAUUUUUGUGGAAAAAUGGGAAAUUUAUUUCUCCUGAGUAAGUUAUUGUGCAAAAUAUGGUAUCAUUAAAGCAAAUGAUAGUUUAACUUUUAGUUUAGAAAUCUUAAAAGAUAUAAAGUGUAUUACAUAUACAUAAAUGAAUGACAUUUGUUUUAUUUAAUUUUUAUGUAGUCAUGUAAAGUGCUAGGUAGACUUUUUUUUUCCACUUCCCCAUUAAAAACACCCUUGUUACUUGAA